AUGGAGCUAGUAGAUGUCCCAACAAUAGGAAGCAAAUUUACAUGGGCCAAUAAGUCUGGUAAUGUCAGAAGAAAAAUAGAUAGAUUCUUCUUAUUUGAAAAUAAGGUGAAGUCAAAUGAUGUAGAUUGGGAGCCAAAGCCCUUUAGAGUGAAUAAUGGUUGGUAUCAACAUAAGGAGUUCCAGAAGUUCGUGGAAGAAGUUCAAAGUUGA